UUUAACACAGUAAAAUACAAAAAAUACAUUACCAACUGUCCGUGGGUUAGUGGAUGUUGUAGUAGUAUUUGUUGUGCAAUGCCAUUCGAUAGACUCUUUCGGUUCUAUACGCCAAUACGCUGUCUAUUCCGAAAUUGAUAUUUCCAAAUACGAAUGCGUAACAAGUGACCAUAAGUCUUUUGAAGUUACGUGCUACACAUUGUUUUACUCCUGUAGAAAUUUUAAGUGAAAUUUACUCGUGAAACGACCAAAUCUACUGUAAAUCAUAUGAUGGGAAAAGACUAUUAUCAAAUCCUAGGAGUGUCAAAAGGAGCAGCAGACGAUGAAAUUAAAAAGGCUUAUCGAAAAUUAGCACUCAAAUACCAUCCAGAUAAGAAUAAAAGUGCUGGAGCUGAAGAAAAAUUCAAAGAGGUAGCAGAAGCAUAUGAAGUAUUAAGUGAUAAAAAAAAACGUGAUAUAUAUGAUAAAUAUGGUGAAGAUGGUCUUAAAGGAGGUGCUGGCCAAGGAAAUAAUUCAAACAACUAUUCUUAUACUUUCCAUGGCGAUCCUAGAGCAACAUUUGCACAGUUCUUUGGCUCGACAAAUCCAUUUGGCAAUAUAUUUGGUAAUAGUGGUUCAAUGUUUGAUGAUGAAAUGGACUUUGAUGAUGGUUUUAUUCGAAUGUCACAUGGUCCACCUGGCAUGGGAGCUUUUAGGUCACAGUCAUUCAAUGUUCAUGGUUCACCUAUGGGACGAUCUAAAGAAAAAGCUCAAGACCCAGCUAUUGAACAUGAAGUAUAUGUGUCAUUAGAGGAUAUAAGUAGAGGGUGUACAAAAAAAAUGAAAAUCUCUAGAAGAGUGCUCCAAGCAGAUGGAACUUCUAGAAAAGAAGAUAAAGUGUUAACAAUCAAUAUAAAACCUGGUUGGAAAGCAGGUACUAAAAUAACAUUUCAAAAAGAAGGAGAUCAAGCAAUGAACAGAAUACCUUCAGACAUUGUUUUUGUAAUAAGAGACAAACCUCAUCCAAUUUUUAAACGUGAUGGAAAUGAUAUUAGAUAUACAGUUCCAAUAACUCUUAAACAAGCACUAUGUGGCGUAGACGUUGUAGUUCCUACUUUAACAGAUAAAAAAUUACCUCUUAACCUAAAAUCAGAAGUUGUAAAACCAUCAACUGUCAAACGAUUUCAAGGUUAUGGUCUCCCAUAUGCUAAAGAACAAUCAAGAAAAGGGGAUUUAUUAGUAUCAUUUGAUAUUAAAUUUCCCGAAACAAUUUCACCUGCAAUGAAAGCUGUUUUGUGUGAUACACUACCGUGAGUAGUUGAAUUGGUUCAAAAUUAUAUUUGGACUUUUAUUUCGUCUAAUAUAUUUUUUUUUUUAUUAUUUAUACAUAAUAUAUUA